AUGUUCAGUACACUUCUCCUUGCUACAGUUGUCGGUGCUGGUGUAGGAAGCGCGGCUGUCAAUGCACCGGCAGCUGCACUUGAUGCGAGAACCAWUAGCCCGCCUUCAUACUUCUGCUCUUCAAACACCAAGAAAUGCUCCAAGCAAAAGGACUCUGUGAUGGCAUACUGCUCGUCUUACCUUUCCAUUCCAAAGGCCACCAGGACUGUAACGAAGACAGUCUGCUCUACAAAAACCAACACAAUCACCCAGGUCACGGGCACGAUUACAAGCACACCCAAAGCGGUAACGAGCACCAUGACGAGUUGUGCACCCCCGGUUAUCACAAUGGCUCCGGUCGAUGAAGAUGAUUCAGGAGACGUUUCUGAUGGCGAAGGAUCACUUUCUGAUGUUGAUGCCACCCCAGUCGCACGACGUGGUUCUCCUGCAGGUUACAAGCCAUCAUGUCUUGACUCCCAGAAAGACCGCUCGGCUAUCUCAGCUGCUUGCAGGUGCUACUCGAUCAAACCGAGCACGACGACGGUGACCAAGACUAUCUCCGACAAGAAGACCACGACGAAAACUAUUCGGACUGCCACCACCGUUAUGGGAACUGCCUCUACGACCUUUGUCUUCCCCCCGGAACCCACAUUCCUGAUAGCAAACGACCGAGGAGGCUACGCCAUGGAAGAAUGUGUCAUAGGCGGCCCGAAACAGGUCCGAAGUGGCCUUGGCCGGCUGAGUUUCGAAGACGAGACUACAAACGCCUUACUCUUCGCCCUCAACGCCGAUAAAAGCCUGACUGCCCUCGAAGGCUCCGAGGGCGAUGCGUUUGAGAUUACAGCUGCCGAAGGCGAAGAUCCAGAUUACAGCGUCCGCAUCGGCGGCAAGGGAUCCCUCACCACCGACAUAUGCUGUUACUCGCGGGGACCCAUCGCAGAGAGGAGGCGGUGGAUGCUUCCAGCCUCGUGGGAGGAGUUCUCGUAA